AUGCCCCAGUCCUUAUUUGUGAUCCAUGUUUUUCUCGCUCCACAGCCCCCGGCGGCGCCCCGCACCCGCCCGCGCCUCAUCUUCCGUACGCAGCUGGCUCACGGCAGCCCCACCGGCAAGAUCGAGGGUUUCACCAACGUCCGCGAGCUCUACGCCAAGAUCGCCGAGGCCUUCGGGAUCGCGCCCACCGAGAUCUUAUUCUGCACCCUAAACAGCCACAAAGUGGACAUGCAGAAACUCCUGGGCGGUCAGAUAGGGUUGGAGGACUUUAUCUUUGCACAUGUGCGCGGCGAGACCAAGGAGGUGGAGGUCACUAAGACGGAGGAUGCCCUGGGGCUGACCAUCACGGACAACGGGGCUGGAUACGCCUUCAUCAAGAGGAUCAAGGAGGGCAGCAUCAUCAACAGGAUCGAAGCUGUGUGUGUGGGCGACAGCAUUGAGGCCAUCAACGACCACUCUAUCGUUGGCUGCCGUCACUACGAAGUCGCCAAGAUGCUCCGUGAGCUGCCCAAGGCCCAGCCCUUCACCCUGCGCCUGGUGCAGCCCAAGAGAGCCUUUGAUAUGAUCAGCCAGAGGAGCCGGAGCAGCAAAUGCCCCAUGGAAGCAAAAGUGACCAGUGGGAGGGAGACCUUGCGACUUCGUUCUGGGGGGGCUGCCACAAUAGAGGAAGUGCCCAGUGAAUUUGAGGAGGAGGCAUCUCGGAGGGUGGACGACCUGCUGGAGAGUUACAUGGGCAUUCGGGACCCAGAGCUGGCGUCCACCAUGGUGGAGACGUCCAAGAAGACAGUGAGCGUUCAGGAGUUUGCACGCCGUUUAGACUCCGUCUUGGGCGAGUUCGCCUUCCCGGACGAGUUUGUGGUGGAGGUGUGGGCAGCCAUCGGCGAGGCCAGGGAGGCCUGUGGCUAGUCUGCUCUGGGGCUGA